CUAGUCGCGUUAGUACAUACACUUGUCCCUCGAAAAGCCUCAAAUCCAUGGAAAUAGCACCAUGGAAAAUGAGACACCGGCAAUGGACUGUAUGGAGGACCAGAACGUUCUGAUCGACCGUUUGGAGGAUGAAUUCAUUGACCACCCAUCCAUCAAUGCAGGCACAAACCAGUUCUCAGACGAGUCCUUUCAACAGAAGUUGAAUGAGAGAGCCAACCAGAUUUACCAAGGUGGCGACUGGGCAUCAUCUGAUCCAAGCAACCCGCACCCAAGCAAACGCUCAAACACGACAUCUUACCAAUUCUUGUACACCAAACCCAACUUGCUUUAUGAAUACUCCGACCUGGGCGAACUCGCGCAGGAAUUGGAUCAGUGGUUUGUGACUUCUGACUUCGGCGUUAUUGGCUUGACCGCGUUGAAAAAGGCUCAGCCUUUGGUUCCUGAUCUAGACAUACCGCUAAGCGUUGCAUCUAUAGACCUAUGGCAACAGUCUCCGUGGCUUGAUCUGUUAACCUAUUCUGCACUUGGAGAAUACGGCGAUGUUACAAAGGAGCGGACCCAGCUCGAGAUGAUAGCCUCUAAUUGCCUUUUGAUCUUGCGUCUGAAAACUUUUCCCAUCAUCGCAGAACUACUAGGUCGGACCUUAAGUGAGAUUCUAGCCAUAGGCCGAGAAAUACCGGCCAAAUCUUUCUCCAGGAGGUUCUCUUCGAACUACUUGAAGUUGAUGACUAUCUUUUACUUUCUCGUCAACGUUGCUCUCAAGUCAGGGGAGACCUUUGACCGGGAACUAGGCAUUUUGAAUGAAGUUGACUUGCUUACAAAGAUUGUUCAACUUUGUGAAACGUGGAAGAUCUAUCCAAAUCCCCAGAUCCGCAUACGUAACUGUCUUUUGCUACAAUGGAAACUCUUGCUUAUGGAAUUGGGAGGCUCACAACUCAUAUCACUGACCGAUGAGUACCUUGUAAAGAAGUUCGAUGUGAAAAACAGAGAUCGAAAGAACAAAGAGAACAAAAACUUGACAUGCACCCCAGUCGAAUAUUUCACUUUUGAGGAAGAUUUUCAGGAUAAAUAUCCCAUGAAAAAAGACUCUCAUGACAACUUGUCGCCCGGUGUGGACUCCAACGAUCAUAACUUGAGUGAACUUACAACUUUGCUUCUGGAUCUGCUCUCUCUCGCACAAGAAAAGGAGAUUUUCAUGGCAUACAAGCAGUAUUCUAACUCACUGUUAAAUCUGAUAGAUAUUCCAAGAACCAAUAAGCUGCAUUCAAUAUACGGCGCACUUCCAGGAAACACGAUUCACAUAGCUACUCCUGUUCCCUCGCCCCCUACAACCCCUUCGGAGUUCAUGUCGGGGGGUGAGAAAGUAAGGAAAUUAUAUCAUGUGAAUCAAGGACUACCUUUUGUUUAUCCUUACGAGGAUAGUCUUAAAGUUCCAACGGCAAUAAGCGAAGCUUCUAGAUUGUUUGAAGAAGGCGUUUAUGAAAGCUACCUGACGAAACGUUUAUCCCGUGAACGCGAUAUUUACUUACUCGAAGAGAGAGGUGGUAAUAUCGGUAAUUCCAAGGUAAUUGACAACGAUUUCCCGCCUGCAAAUUCCGGGAAAUCGGUGGAUGCAUAUGAAUCUGUUUUGCGUUCUUUGAACCGAACAGAAAUUUACUAUAAGCGAAUAUUGAGGCAUUUGCGUGGGUUCGUUGAUGUCUUGGUCAAUGUGGUAAAGACAAGCAAGGUUGAGGUCAGUUUAAGAGACCUCGAAAAAGAGUUAGAUCCUGAAACAUCUUUCACAGAGCGAUUUGGUGGUGAGGAUAGUACCAACAAAAAAAUAUUUGGUAUGAUAUAUCAUCAAUUAGAUGUACUUCGAGCGAAAGAGACUACAUUGAAGGCUGUGUCGUCGAUUUUAAUUUUGACCCUACGCUGGUUCAAAUUAAGCCAUCCACUAAAGGCCUACUAUUUCAGCUCUUUGCUUUUCGAUGCCCGAUUUUUAGAUGUUUUUGUUGAUUUCUUGGCUGACAGCUUUAACAAUUCUGCAUUACAGAACUUUGCGACAGAAAACAAGGGUAUGCCAGUUUAUGACAUUUUAUCCUCCCAAAACAGACUCCUUAAUCCGGCAAUCAAUUUGCCACAACUUAGUUUUUUCAAGGAAUGCCUGGGAGAGCGUGCCCUCGACGAUCGAAAAUAUAUUUUGGUCAACAAAACACCAAUUGGGAAGCUACCUCACAAGCUUGACAGCACAAACAAGAGCAUCGUGGACAUCACAGACUUCAAUCGUGAUUUUUGUUUCAUCUUGGCAAACUUGUUAAAUGUUACACAGAAGGUUCUCAUCAAGAAUAUUCUGCAAAGAGUUCUCGCCUUUAACGAGGCCAAACCUACUGAAUGGCUCAAAAUAAUCCUUCUCAACUAUGUCAAUGAAGAUCUUCGCAAACCAAUACUCAAGAUUUUCAAAAAAAUUACACCAUACCAAGGGCGUAAGUGGAGGACGCUCAAUAUGGAUGUGAUUUCCCUUAUUUACUUGCACAUGAAGCUCUCGUUGAAGGAUAACUGGCUUAGUGGUAAAGAUUUGGAAAACGAAUUGAAAGACUCGCUCGAUCAAGAAAUUUCCUUGAGGUCAUUUUUGCAGUUCUACAAUGUAAAAUACUAUCCUCACGAAAUGCGCUCUUUGGGAUACGACUCAAAGCAUGACGAUGUCGGGGAAUAUAAUUUGUGAUGCCCUAGUCACAGUCUGCAAAAGCACGAAAAUACCGAGAGGGAACGCUAUCUGGCUGCAAUACAUUGAAGCGAAAGCAGAAUCCAUAUGGGCUGGCAACGACGUCGCGGAUGGAUGUGCGACAAAUUGAGAACACGGCUCGACCGAAAAC